AGUGUUUAAAACAACUUUGCAUCAGAAAAGAGGAACUGAGAAGGUUUGGACUACAAGAACACAUCAUCAAGAUGAAGAUUACUAUAGCAGUGGCCAUUGUCUUGGCUCUUAUGCAAGUUUGGUUAUUGGUGGCUACAGCAGCAGUUUCACCUAAUCCGGGACUGACGUGUAACUCCUGCUGCCAGGGCCCAGCCGGUAUACCGGGAAUCCCCGGAUCUAAUGGGAACCAUGGUCAAGGACUUGUAGGCCCGAGAGGUGAUGCAGGCUCCCCUGGUGAGGUAGGUCAACCCGGGGCUAAAGGAGACAAGGGGUCAGAUGGACUGGAUGGUGAGCCAGGCGCUAAAGGGGAUUAUGGACUGAAGGGAGAUCAAGGACUCGGUCAACCAGGGAAACAAGGACCUCAAGGUCUGCCUGGGAUGAAUGGUCUGAAGGGGGAAAGAGGUGAACCUGGACCAGCUGGACAGACUGGUGAAGCAGGUGAAUGUAGUACGCGACGGUCUGUCUUCACUGCAGUGAGGAAUACCGCCUUCAGCCCUCCAUCCUCUUGGGAUCCUCUGCCCUUUGAAGAGUUAUUGUUUUCAGAGGAAGGGACUGAUUUCAAUUUGAAUAACGGCACGUUUACGUGUAAUGUGCCUGGGGUAUACGUAUUGAUGUUCUCAGUCCAUAAACCAUCAAGUGGGUCUUCCCUACAUGUCCAGCUGAGGAAAAACGGUAGCAUCAUUGUUAAAGGGCGUGUAUACGAUACAGGUCCUCAUCAAGUGAGCAGCAGUGCACUGAUUCCCCUGCACUAUGGAGAUCAAGUUCACUUAGCUGUAGUCGGUCACGUAUAUAGUGACUCUGACCAUUACACGUCUUUUACUGCAUUCCUUCUGUACGAAAUCUAA